AUGAGUUAUAAUUCAACAAACUCUUUACUCUUUGGUUUAACUAUUAACAAAAAAUUAUUUUGUGCGUUACAAUGUGCACAUUAUGUUGUCGGUUGUAAUACAGCAGUAUUUGAUAGUUCAGCUGUUCCUCAAUGCCUACUUCUCGGUGAGACAGUAAUACCAACGCAUCUGAUCGUCUCAAGUAAUGCAAUAGUUUAUGACUUUCAAAAGAUUACUAUGUCGAAUGGCUCUACUACUACAACAGCAGCAAGCACUACCACCGCCGCUGUAGCAAGUACUACCACCGCCGCUGUAGCAAGCACUACCACCGCAGCAGCAGCAAGCACUACCACCGCAGCAGCAGCAAGCACUACCACCGCAGCAGCAAGCACUACCACCGCAGCAAGCACUACCACUGCAACACCAAUUCCAUGCAAUAUGGCAUUCACUGCACAAAAAACUUAUUCAACUGGAAGUGGGUCAGGCCCAAUGUCUUUGUCAAUGACUGAUGUCAAUAGCGACACCACACCUGACAUUAUCGUCGCACUUUAUAAUCAAAAUAUGGUUGGUGUUCUCUUCAAUUUCGGCAAUGGCACAUUUCGUUCUCAAACAACUUAUUCAACUGGAAGUGGGUCAGAUCCACAACGCGUCUCAGGAGUGGAUGUCAAUAGUGAUAGUAAACCUGAUAUUAUUGUCGCAAACAAUGGUGGAAACGGUGUUGGUGUUCUUUUCAAUGCUGGUAACGGCACAUUUCUUUCUCAAAUAACGUAUUCAACUGGAAGUCCUUCAUAUCCACCAUCUGCAGCAGCAGCUGAUGUUAAUAAUGAUAAUAAGCCAGACAUCGUUGUCGCAAAUCAAUAUUCAGGAAAUGUUGGUGUUCUCUUUAACUUCGGUAAUGGAACAUUUCGUUCUCAAACAACUUAUUCAACUGGAAAUAACACAGGUCCAACUUCAGUGGUACUCGUCGAUGUCAAUGCCGAUGGUCAGCGCGAUAUUAUAAUUGCAAAUUUAAAUGAAGGCAGCGUUGGUGUACUUUUAAACUUCGGCAACGGAACGUUUCAUCCUAUUACAAGUUAUUUAACUGGAAAUAACUCAAAGGCACGGUCUGUAUCAAUAGUUGAUGUCAAUAAUGAUAAUAAACCGGAUAUUAUCGUCGCAAACUAUGGUAUAAACAACAUCGGUGUUCUCUUUAACUUCGGUAAUGGCACAUUUGGUCCUCAAACAACUUAUUCAACUGGAACUAACUCAGGUCCAAUGUCUGUCGCAGCAGUUGAUAUCAACGGCGACAACAAACCUGACAUUAUUGUCGCCAACUAUAAUGCGAACAACGUUGGUGUUCUCUACAACGUCGGUGAUGGUACUUUUCUUCCUCAAACAACUUGUUCAACUGGAACUAGUUCACAACCGCGAUCUGUAUCAGUAACCGAUAUCAAUAAUGACAGCAAACCUGAUAUUAUUGUAGCAAACUAUGGUGCAGACAAUAUCGGUGUUCUGUUAGCUAACUGA